GCUCGGAGGCGCUACCGGGACCACGGGGCUGGACUGCGGCUGGAUCAGUAAGAGCUAGCACCGUGGCUGCCAUGGAGCAGCCCUGUCGCUGAGGCCGAGGCCCCACCCACGGGGCAGCAGGAUGAGCAAACUGCCCCGCGAGCUGGAGCGCAGCCUGCCGGCCGUGGCGUCCCUGAGCGGGUCGCUGUCUCACAGCCAGAGCCUCCCGUCACACCUCCUCCCGCCGGCCCUGGAGAAGCGCCGGGCCAUCUCCGACGUCCGCCGCACCUUCUGCCUCUUCGUCACCUUCGACCUACUGUUCAUCUCCCUGCUCUGGAUCAUUGAGCUGAACACCAACACGGGCAUCCGCAAGAACCUGGAGCAGGAGAUCAUCCACUACCGCUUCAAGACCUCCUUCUUCGACAUCUUUAUCCUGGCCUUCUUCCGCUUCUCUGGGCUGCUGCUGGGCUACGCCGUGCUGCGGUUGCGGCACUGGUGGGUGAUUGCGGUCACCACGCUGGUGUCCAGUGCGUUCCUCAUUGUCAAGGUCAUCCUCUCUGAGUUGCUCAGCAAAGGGGCCUUCGGCUACCUGCUCCCCAUCGUGUCCUUUGUCCUUGCCUGGCUGGAGACCUGGUUCCUUGACUUCAAAGUCCUACCCCAGGAGGCGGAGGAGGAGCGAUGGUACCUGGCAGCCCAGGCGGCUGUUGCCCGAGGGCCACUGCUGUUCCCAAGGACGCUCUCCGAGGGCCAGUUCUACUCCCCCCCAGAAUCCUUUGCAGGUGAGGGGGAGGAGGGGGCGGGGCCUGUUCCCGCCGGGCUCCCUGGGGACUCCCGGCAGGAGCGGGAGUACGUCCGCCAGGGCAGGGAGGCCACCGCCGUGGUGGAGCAGAUCUUGGCCCAGGAGGAGGACUGGACGCUGGAGAAGAAGAACGAAUACGGGGAUGCCGUGUACACCGUCGAGGUCCCCUAUCAUGGCAAGACCUUCAUCCUGAAGACCUUCUUGCCCUGCCCGGCGGAGCUGGUGUACCAGGAGGUCAUCCUGCAGCCCGAGCGGAUGGUGCUGUGGAACAAGACGGUGACGGCCUGCCAGGUCCUGCAGCGGAUAGAAGACAGCACCGUGGUCUCCUACGAUGUGUCGGCCGGGGCUGCGGGUGGUGUGGUCUCCCCGAGGGACUUCGUGAAUGUCCGGCGCAUCGAGAGGCGCAGAGACCGGUACCUGUCCUCUGGCAUCGCCACCACACACUGUGCCAAGCCCCCAACCCACAGAUACGUCAGGGGGGAGAACGGGCCCGGGGGCUUCGUCGUGCUCAAGUCGGCCAGUAACCCGAGCGUCUGCACCUUCGUCUGGAUCCUGAACACAGACCUCAAGGGCCACCUGCCCCGGUACCUCAUCCACCAGAGCCUGGCAGCCACCAUGUUGGAGUUCACCUUCCACCUGCGGCAGCAUGUCGCGGAGCUGGGGGCCCGGGUGUGACCGCCCUGCAGGUCAGGGUCACCACAGCCUCUGGGCCCUGAGGGGGACCUUGGUCCAUCCCGAAGCUGUGCUGCUCCCUGUGCCCAGAGGGGGGCAGUGUGGUGCCCACCUUGCCAGAGCAGGGCCGGGGGAGCACAGGCCAGGCUGAGAGGAGCAGUCCUGCCUCUGCCACUGUCCCUCCUGUCUUCUUGGCUACUCACGGGGUCUUGGGCCUUCGACCACGUGCACUGCUGGGGUACAGAAUGGGACAGUGACUGCCGCUCCCUGGGUCUCCUGGGGACCUUUGUAACGGAGCCAACUAAAGACAGGAACUCAAAAGAAAGAAGCAUCCUGUGGCUCCUGCCACCACGGCCUGGGCCUCAGUCUGACACAGUGAGGGCAGCACCUGUCAGGAAAGGAGCAGCCGCAGCGUCCAGACACCAAGAGCAGCGCCAUCACUUUCUGCUCAGUUGGCAGACUGACGGCUGGGCCGGGGGCAGGCGGCUGGGCGGCCCAGAGGCGGCACCUCAGUCACUGGGGCACCUCUGGGACCGUGCCAUCUCCCUAAGGGGCAGUUUGCCCACAGCCAGGCGGGUCCUGUAUGACCGAGGAUCGACUCAGCCUCCGUUGCCUGCUUUGUAACAAACAAAGCGAAGUGUCCCGGUGUGGCAGCGCACCCCGGUGAUCCGGUAACUCGGAGGAUCAAAGCUUUGAGCCAAGUCUGAACAAUUUAGUGAGACCCUGUCUCAAAAUAAAAAGAGUUGGGGAUGCAGCCCAGUGUGAAGGCCGUGGGUUCAGUUCCCGUACUGCAAACAAUUAAAAUGGGACCAGCAUCACGGGUUCCCGUGAGGUUAACUCCAGUGAGGUUCCCCGUAGCCCAGCCAGGUUCUGUCCCCAGCUGCCCAUGUGGCUCUUAACUCUGCUGCCACUCUGCUCAGUUCACACGGGUGCCCUCCUUCCUCCCGCUCCAGCACCAUGCACACCAGCAGCCUACGCCAAGGGUUCUCGCCGGGACGCUGGUGCCCACAGCACCUCUCCCUCUGGACCCCUCCCCUGAUGCCCAGGAACUGGCACAAAUGAGGCCUAGAGAGGGCAGGUGCCGCCCUGGUCAUGGCCACUCGAGGCUCACGCGGGGCUCUGGCCAGCACUUGUGUCCCUGUCCCCCCAUUUGUCCCUGCAUGGGGUGCUGAGGUAAAGCUGCAGGCCCCUCCCACACCUGACCACUGGCUGGGCAGGAAAAGCCCCCAGCAGAAGUUUGUGCCUGGGGUCCCAGGUGUGGCAUUCACGUCUCCUGCCCUGCUGCAGCAGUGGUGGCUGGAAACCCGGUUGAGGGGUGGCCCGAGUUGGGGGUGCCCUUGACCUGAGGAGACAGCACCCUGCCACAGUGCGGGGACAGCGUUGGCUGCUGUCGCCUGCUGUUUACAGACAGGCACUGCCGUCCUCUGGGCAAGGGGAUUAGGUGGGGCAGAGCUCGGCUAUGGUGGCACGGGGCUGGGCACGUGCCUGCCCUGAUGGGUGUCUUUGGGGUGUUGGUCACCUGGGGGGUGCUCCUUAGGUCCCCCAGGUCCCCCAGAGCACCUCGGUGCCUCCAGAGGCUGGCUGCUGACCUGGGGGGCAGCCCGAGUCCAGGCACCACAACCCCCACCUGAGACUCAGAGCCCCCCCAGAUCAGUGAGUGUCCAGCUGCUUAUAGCAUCUGACGCCAGAGGGGCCGAAAAUAGCCCCUGGGGAGGGGAGGGGAGGGGAGGUAUUUAAAGGGCCUGGGGAACCGC